AUACUGAUAUUUUACUGCCUUACAUAUGAUGGACUAGUCAACAAUGAGCUCUGAAACUGCAAAUGAAAAUUGCCUUGGAUGGGCCGCAAGAGAUGCAUCUGGGGUUCUCUCACCUUUCAAAUUCAGCCGUAGGGCUGUUGGAAAAGACGAUGUUUCUAUAAAAAUCACGCACUGCGGAAUGUGUUAUGCCGAUGUAAUUUGGACCAGGAACAAAUUUGGAGACUCCAAGUAUCCUGUAGUGCCUGGACACGAGAUUGCUGGAAUUGUGAAAGAGGUAGGUUCCAAUGUCCAGCGUUUCAAAGUUGGCGACCAUGUUGGGGUGGGAACUUUUGUCAACUCUUGCAGAGAUUGUGAGUAUUGUGAUGAGGAGCUAGAAGUACAUUGUCUAAAGCGAGCUGUUACCACUUUUAAUGCCAUCGAUGUGGAUGGUACAAUCACAAAAGGAGGAUACUCCAAUUCCAUUGUUGUCCACAAAAGGUACUGCAAUACGAUUCCUGAAAGCUAUCCAUUGGCUUCAGCAGCGCCUUUGCUUUGUGCUGGAAUUACUGUUUACACUCCCAUGAUGCGCCAUAAGAUGAAUCAAGCUGGUAAAUCUCUAGGAGUGAUUGGCCUUGGUGGUCUUGGUCACAUGGCAGUGAAGUUUGGGAAGGCUUUUGGGUUGAACGUGACAGUUCUCAGCACAAGCAUAUCCAAGAGAGAGGAAGCCCUGACUCUACUUGGCGCAGACAAAUUUGUGAUUUCAUCUGACCAAGACCAAAUGGCUGCCUUGGCUAAGUCAUUGGACUUCAUAAUUGACACAGCAUCUGGUGAUCACCCAUUUGAUCCCUACAUUUCGCUUUUGAAGACUUCUGGUGUUCUUGUCCUGGUGGGUGCCCAGAGUGAAGUCAAGUUCAGCGCUAGAGCCCUUUUGCGUGGCAGGAUAACUAUUUCUGGUAGUGUAACUGGAGGCACGAAAGAGAGACAAGAAAUGAUAAACUUCUGUGUUGCGCACGACAUUCAUCCCAAGAUUGAAGUGAUUCCAAUUCAGUAUGCAAAUGAAGCUCUUGAGAGGCUGAUAAAGAGCGAUGUCAAGUACCGGUUUGUGAUUGAUAUCGAAAACUCCCUGAAAUGAAACCAUGUAGAAAAAGAAGGAUUCUGUUGCAAUCCUCUUCUGAUGUUUUGCCCAGCAGUUUUGAAUGAAAGUAUGUUAAGACUUUAGCUGGUUCUAAGAAGUCCAUACAUAAAAAGAGAUCCCAGCAUGACUCGAUCGGUGUUGUGCUCAUAACAGCUUUUGAUAAUCAUAAAUGUAUCUAUUUACAUUCCAACAAAUGCACGUAUUUCAUUUCGAUUCAUCCGUGACAUAAUUCCUUUGAUGAGGCACAAGAAGCGUGGACAAAAAGAAAAGAAGAAUCGCGCCUUCAAUUCUUUAAAGACCGUUGAAAUCGGCAAGCGAUCUCGUAGCUAACCUUUUACUUUAAUUCUUGGAACGAAUCUUCUUGAUUUGGUUCAUUAACGUGCUAGUUAGAAUUGAUCUGAAAUAAUAGAUCCCAUCGGUGCUGAAAGUCCCGCUGGUCAAAUCCUUGAACAUGUCGGUCGGUCAAUUCUUCACUCCGCUUAAACAAUCCCGUCGGUACUGGAAAGCCCGUCGGUAAAUCUCCUGCUGUCAUUGACCCCACCGGUAAUAUACAAUGUCUUUUCCUCCUGUAUUUCAAUUGUCGAAGAUUGGUUGUCAUCCUGCUCAACCAAUAAGGGAUUUCCCACUUGAAGU